CGUCUGAUGCUGAGCACUGCAGCGAGCUCCUGAACAAUCAUGCCCGUUCCCAAGAAAGCAGGAAGAAAAUCCAGCACUGCAGCAGAAGUGAAGCUGCCCCCUUAUGAGCCAAACAUCCCUGAACCGACCACCAGGGCGGACUUCAUGAAGCACUGGUUCCCCCUCACUCUGGACGAUAAGACGGCUCAGAAGCUGCUGUGGAUCUCUGACGGCGGCGCCAAGGUGGCUCGCUCUUCGGACGCCAUCUGUCCGUACCCCAACAGGCCCGAGAGAUACGACCACUCGCCUCAGGUUCUGUGUAAGGAGGGCCUCCUGGGCUGCAGGGGCUACUGGGAGGUGGAGUACGAGGGCUGGGUGGUGGUGGGCGUGGCCUGCGAGAGCGCCCCGAGGAAGGCCCAGGACGGCGCCUGCGGGCUCGGGGAGAACGCCAGCUCCUGGGGGGUCGGCUGGUCCGGAUCCUGCUUCCAGGUGUGGCACAACAGCGAGAACGUGGACAUCCAGAUGCCCCCCGGCUCCACCCUGGGCGUCUACGUGGACCAGCCCGCCGGCGUGCUCAAGUUCCUCCUGGUGGAGGGCGAGGGCGGCGAGAAGGCGGUGCGCCUCAUCCAGAAGUUCAAAGUCAACCUGCAGGAGAAGAUUUACCCCGGAUUCUGGAUCGGCACCAAUUCCUCCUGCCUCCUCCGGAAGAAGGAUCAGUGA